AUGCCGUCCAAGGUUGAGGAAUCCGCCACGCUGCCCUUUGGCAAGCAGGUGCCUCUGUCGGCCAUCUCUGGCCCGACGUAUGUGACGGCCCAGCUUCUCGUCCAGCAGAUUGCCUACAAGCUUUCUGACAAGAUCUUCUCUUACUCCCCCGAGACCUUUGAUCUGGACGUCGCUGCUAAGCAGUGGGCUGCCGAUGAGAGCAAGAACAUCCACGGAUACGCCCCUUCAGUUCUGCCUCUCCAGACCAGAACGGGUGCUGGUGCCCUCGCUCUGGGUUACAUCUUCUCCCCGGAUUUCGAUGUCAACAAGCGUCACAUUCCCCAGACGCUGCUUGCCCCCUCGGGCUCUCUCCAGAACCUCCGCGGAACCCUUGACCAGCUCUCUCUCCUGUACAACCUUUCAAGCCCCUUUGUGGCUCACAUCGCUGCCGCAGACUACAGCGCCAGCGAAGGCCUCGUCUCCAACUAUGAUGUUGCUUUGAGACUGGCCGAAGACCUUGGCCUGGGCCUUGUUGCCAGCUCAUCUUCGUAUGAGUCUCAGCACAUGUCACUGUUCGCGACACUCCUGGCCACCGUCGUCCCCACUCUCCACAUCUACGAUGGCAUUCGUCUUCCCAGAGAGACUUUGAGGAUCGUCGAUGCUUUGAGCGAGACUGGCAUCGCCGAUUUGUACAACAAGCUUGUUGCCGAGGCUGGCAAGCUGAACCAACAUCUCGACACUGCGGGCAAGGUCCUGGAACUUCUCAGACUCUUCAACGAUGAGCUCGGCACUGUUUACCAGCCCUUUGAGUACUUCGGCCAUGAGACCCCCGAUGUCGUCCUCGUUGCUCUUGGAAGCGUUGAGGCUCAAGUUGCCAAGGAGACUCUCAACAAGAUUGCCGCCGACGGAGCCAAGGUCGGUGUUAUCAACGUGCGCGUCUACCGACCCUUCAUCGAGGAGGCUUUUCUCAAGGCCAUCCCCGCCUCUGCUCGCACCAUCGCCGUGCUGGGUCAAGUUCACGGCGAGAUUGCCUUGGCUGAUGAGGCCACUCAGUCUGCGCUGUACGGCGAUGUCCUCACCGCAGUUACAUUCGCUGGCAAGUUUGAGCAGCAACCCGAGGUCUUGGACAUCAAGUACACUCCUGCCCAGUUCCUGACUCCCCAGGGCCUUGUCGGCACUCUGCACAAGAUCUUUGGCAAUGACGAUGAGGCCAAGCCUCUGCCCUCGCUCAUCAAGUCCCAGCAGUUCACAUUUUGGGAUGUCGACAACUCUGUCUCCGCAAAGUCCCCCGCCGCCAUCGGCACUCUCCUGUCUCAAGAGUCAACCAACAACGUCCACCUGUUUGAGACGUAUGACAACUUCACUCAGGGAGGCCUUAUCCGAACGGAUCUGCGCGCAUCCAAGACUGCUCUGGAAGCACCGUAUGCCAUCAAUGAGGCUGAUGUCGCGGUUGUCGGUAACGAGGUGGUCUUGAAGGAUGUCGAUGUCCUGAAGAGCGUCGUUCCCGGCGGCAAGCUUCUCAUUAAGCUGCCAAACUUCAAGGCGGAUGAAGUCGAAAAGCGACUUUCACCUGCUUUCCGCAAGACAGUUCAAGAAAAGGAAAUUAGCGUCUUCAUUUUGGAUACUGCCGUCUCUCCCGCCUUCGAAAAGGAUGCUUCAGUUGCCAAGCUCCUUCUUGAGCUCUCUUUCUUGAAGAUUGCUCUCCCAGAGAGCUCUGCUGAGGAGCUUGCAAAGGUGGCUGGAAACCAAACUGUCUUGGCAGAAUCCCUCAGUGCUCUUGACCAAGUCUUGACCCAGCUUGAGGUUCCAGCAACGUGGGCAGAGGUCGAGGCCGACUACGUCUUCCCCUCUCUGCCAAUUGGUCUCCAGCCAACUGGCUUUGUUUCAUUCCAGAAGGAGGAGACCGAGGACGACCUGAAGCUCCAAGACUGGCAGAUCGCUGCCAAGGGCUUGGUCUUCAAGGAAGCCUACGGCACCCAAACUACCCUUCGUCCUGACCUUUCCGUCAAGACCGCCACCGUCCGCGUCAAGGAGAACCGCCGCCUCACUCCCCAAGACUACGACCGUAACAUCUUCCACAUUGAGUUUGACAUUGGCAACUCUGGUCUCACGUACAAGAUUGGUGAGGCUCUGGGCAUUCACCACGAAAACGAUGAGGAGCAGAUCAGUGCUUUCAUCCAGUUCUACGGCCUCAACCCCGCAGAGCUUGUCCAGGUGCCUUCUCGUGAAGACGUCAACGUCUUCGAGGUCCGCACCGUGUAUCAGGCGCUCAUGCAGAAUGUCGAUAUCCUCGGCAAGCCCCCCAAGCGCUUCUACGAGGCCCUGUCUGAGUUUGCCACCGACGAGACUGAGCAGAAGAAGCUCGCUGCUCUCGGUGGAAACGAUGGUGCUGCUGAGUUCAAGCGUCGCACUGAGAUCGACACCGUGACUUAUGUCGACAUCCUCGAGGAGUUUAGCUCCGCUCGUCCCAGCUUCCACGAUCUGGUCAAGAUUGUCAGCCCGCUCAAGCGCCGUGAAUACUCCAUCGCCUCUGCCCAGGCCGUCACUCCCGACACCGUCGCCCUCAUGAUUGUCGUUGUCGACUGGGUCGACACCAAGGGCCGUUCUCGCAUCGGCCAGGCCACAAAUUACCUCCGUAGCCUGCAACCCGGCGCCUCUGUCACCGUCUCGGUGAAGCCCUCAGUCAUGAAGCUGCCCACCAGAGACGAUGCGCCACUCAUCAUGGCCGGUCUCGGAACUGGUCUGGCCCCCUUCCGCGCGUUUGUGCAGUACCGCGCCAUGCAAAAGGCUCAGGGCAAGGAGAUUGGCUCCAUCCUCCUCUACCUCGGCUCUCGCCACCAGCGCGAGGAGUACCUCUACGGCGAGGAAUGGGAGGCCUAUCUCGCCGCCGGCGUCGUCACUCUUGUCGGAAGCGCCUUCUCGCGAGACCAGCCAAAGAAGAUUUACAUCCAGGACAGGAUGCGCCAGACGCUGGACGACAUCGUGCAGGCGUACAUCAAGGAUGGCGGCAGCUUCUACCUCUGCGGUCCGACAUGGCCUGUGCCUGAUGUGACGGCGGUGCUGAAGGAAGCCAUCGCGGCCGAGGCCAAGGCUGCUGGCAAGAAAGUUGAUCCAGCCAAGGAGAUUGAGCGGCUAAAGGAGGAUGGCCGAUACGUGCUUGAGGUUUACUAA